AUAACAGAGUCGCGGCGGCGACGCUGUUGCUCGAUAGCGGGAGCGAGGUCGACGCCGGGGAUAAUGAAGGGCAGACGGCGAUGCAUUGGGCGUGCGUUCGAGGCGCGCUUCCGUGCGCGGAGUUGUUGCUGCGACGCGGGGCUAAUUUGAACGCCGCGGAUUCGCGCGGGUACGUUCCGCUGCACGUCGCGGCGCAAUACGGGCACACGGGGAUGAUUUAUCACUUCAAGAUGCGGUGGAACGUGGACGUGGACGUCACCGAUCUCGACGGACGAACCGCUCUGCACUGGGCGUCGUACAAAGGAUUUCCAGACCCCGUCAAGCUUUUGAUUUGCAUGGACGCGGACAUCUAUGGAGCCGAUAAGGAAGGGUGCACGCCGCUUCACUGGUCCGCGAUGAAAGGAAAGAGUGAGGCGACGCAUCUCUUGGUCCAAGCCGGUGGGUCUAGCGUCCUCACCGCCGUGGACGUCGACGGGAACACGCCCGAGGCGUUGGCCACGGACAAGGGACACCACAGCCUGGCGUACUUUCUCCACAACCAACACAGGCAGCUGAGCACUCGGGAUCACUUUUGGACGCAAAAAGGCAUGGCGGUGGCGUGCCUGUCUCUCAUCCUCGGCCUGAUGUUGGGCUUCACCCAUUACGUGAUGUUCGCCUCGGGCGUGGCGACGAUGGACGUGUCCUUGGCGUUUUGGUCGCUCGUCGUGUUGGGGUCAUCGAGCGCGGGAUUGUAUUACAUGCGCCGCGUGUCGAACGCCGAUCCAGGCUUCGUUACGGCCGCCGCGCUGUCGUCUCUGCGAAGAGGCACGCGUCCGAGCUCGGCCGCGAAUGAUGUGGACGACCGAUUGAACCACUCCGAGCUUUGGGCUGGGAACUGGAACCAGCUGUGCGUCUCGUGCAAGCUCGUGAAGCCGUUCGGGACCAAGCACUGCUCGAUGCGAGACAAGUGCGUCGCUAGAUUCGAUCACUACUGCCCUUGGAUGGGGAACACGAUCGGUAAGCGUAACCACAGAGACUUCGUCGUGUUCCUGAUCCUGGAAUCGUUCGCCAUGGUGGUCGCCUUCGCCGUCGCCGUCGUUCGCUACGGCGAGGAGAGCCCCGGGGAAAAGUACAGAAAUAACACCGGCAUCUUGAUGUUCGCCGCGUUCGACGCCUUGACGCUCUUACCAGUGAUCAUGCUGACGAUCUCCCAGCUCGUCCAGGUGGCGCAAAACGUCACCACGAACGAGCUGAGCAACGCGCACAGGUACUCGUACCUCAAGUCCUCGGACGGCGCCUUCGUCAAUCCGUUCGAUCGCGGCUCUCAUCUCGCCAACAUCCGCGCCUUCUUCUUCCCGAGCAAGAACGCACCCUUAAUCGACGACAUCGCCGCCGGUCUCACCGCCGUCACCGUCGAUCGCACCGUGUAA